CCAUGCUUUUCCGUCCGUUAAUUUUCUUCACUUUACAAAAAAAUUUCCUCGAGGUUGGGCAAUCUUUCGAACUGAUUAUGGCUAGAUCGCGUAGUCGCGUCCGCACUCCGCCACGAAGCUACCGUCGACAUCGAUCCCGUUCCAGUAGCUGUUACCGGAAGAACAGCCGAAGGCAUGGUUCCGGUCGUCAUACCAGUUCCCGUAAGCGCCGUCGUAGCGUGAACAGCCCUAGCAGUAUCAGUCGGUCGGUCAGCAGCACCGGAAGUUACAACUCGCCGCUGAAAACGCGCCCGGUCGAUCCUCCAGCAAGCACCUGUUUGGGUGUUUUCGGUCUAAGCCACUUCACGCAUGAAUCCGACCUCGUUAACAUUUUUCGACAAUACGGGGAUCUGGAAAAGGUUAUGAUUGUUUACGAUGCCAAAACCAAAGCGUCCCGCGGUUUCGGAUUCGUUUACUUCCGGGAGCAGGAAGGGGCAACAAUUGCCAAGGAACAGUGCAACGGAAUGACCGUGCACGAACGAUCCAUUCGGGUGGAUUACUCCGUUACGGAUCGACCUCAUACGCCAACGCCUGGAAUAUACAUGGGCGAACGUUCCAAGGAGCGUACGCGUGUGCGCAGUUCCUACGGAUAUCGUGGACGAAGUUAUGAUGACGAACACGAUCGGUCCAGACGUAGCUAUUCUCGCUCUCCUCGACGCCACCGACGGCACAGCUCUCAUCGGCCCAGACGCCAUCGACGUCGCAGUGGAACCAGAUCUCGUAGUCGCUCGUGGUCUCGUGAUUCGCGUGGUUCACGUCGUCGAUGAAGAGAGUUGUAAGUUAUUGAAUUUUGAACGAAAAAAAAUCAAUUUGAAGCAUUCAGCAAGAAACCGUUAUUCAAUAUUUAAGAAAUUUGAAGAUUUCAAGAAACGUCUUUGUUAUGUUACUUUUGAAGAACGAAAUUUCAAUCUUGUUUGAAAAAAUGAUUGCUGGAUGAAGCCUCAGGUAAUGUUAAGCUAAUAGUUAUUUUUAUGU